GUAUGCCAAAAAAGUGCCUGUGUGAACUCACUGGCCCAAAGUGCUGCUUAAUCCCACAAUGCAGUGCAUGGCGCGUCACUGAAGAACGACCAUGAUGGCGGCGGUCGGUGCACCAGAAGUGAUUUCACAGCUGGAAAGCGCUGCCAAAGUUUUAAUGGCACCGCCGUCCAUGGUAAGCACAGAACAGAGGCAGCAUGCGGAGCACAUAUUCCUCUCCUUCAGGAAGUCAAAAUCCCCCUUUGCCGUCUGCAAGCACAUCCUCGAGACUAGUAAAGUGGACUAUGUGUUGUUCCAGGCCGCCACAGCCAUCAUGGAGGCCGUGGUUAGAGAAUGGAUCCUUCUGGAAAAGAACAGCAUCGAGUCGCUCAGAACAUUCCUCCUCACGUACGUCUUACAGAGACCCAAUCUGCAAAAGUAUGUUCGAGAGCAGAUCCUGUUAGCCGUAGCAGUAAUAGUGAAGAGAGGCUCUCUUGACAAAUCUAUCGACUGUAAGAGCAUCUUCCAUGAGGUCAGCCAGCUCAUCAGCAGCGGCAAUCCCACUGUGCAAACACUGGCCUGCUCCAUCCUGACGGCUCUGUUGAGUGAGUUCUCCAGCUCCACUAAGACCAGUAACAUUGGCCUCAGUAUGGAGUUUCACGGAAGCUGCAAACGCAUCUUUCAGGAGGAUGAUCUCAGGCAGAUCUUCAUGCUCACUAUGGAGGUCCUGCAGGAGUUCAGUCGGAGGGAGAACCUCAACGCUCAGAUGUCCUGUGUUUUCCAGCGCUACCUUGCGCUGGCUAAUCAAGUGCUCAGCUGGAACUUCCUUCCACCCAAUUUGGGGAGGCACUACAUUGCCAUGUUUGAAGCGACUCAGAAUGUCAUGCUCAAGCCAACCGAGUCCUGGAGGGAAACUCUUCUAGACCACAGAGUCAUGGACCUUUUCUUCACUGUGCACAGGAAGAUCAGAGAGGACUCAGACAUGGCGCAGGAUUCCCUUCAGUGCCUGGCCCAGCUGGCCUCCAUGCAUGGCCCCAUCUUCCCCGAUGAGAGCGCUCAGGUGACCUACCUGGCCCACCUGGUGGAGGGAUUGCUCAACAUGAUCAAUGGGAUUGAGAUUGAAGACUCUGAGGCUGUAGGCAUCUCUAACAUCAUCAGUAACCUCAUCAGCACGUUUCCCCGAAGCGUUCUGACAGCUCUCCCGAACGAGCUCUUCGCCUCUUUCAUUAACUGCCUCACACUGCUCACGUGCUCAUUUGGUCGCAGUGCCGCCCUGGAGGAGGUGCUGGAUAAGGAUGACAUGGUGUACAUGGAGGCAUAUGAUAAGCUGCUGGAGUCCUGGCUGACGCUGGUACAGGAGGACGAGCACUUCCCCCGGGGCUGCUUUGUCCAGCCAGCCGUGCAGGUCUUCAACUCCUACAUCCAGUGUCACCUCGCAGCUCCCGACGGCACGAGAAACCUGACUGCAAAUGGUGUCGCUUCUCAUGAAGAGGAAGAAAUAAACGAAUUACAGGAGGACGACAGAGAGCUGUUCUCAGAUCAGCUGGCCAGUAUCGGCAUGUUGGGCCGCAUCGCUGCAGACCACUGUAUACCUCUGCUCACAGGUUUGUUGGAGGACCGAGUCACACGGCUUCACGGGCAACUCCAGAGACACCAACAGCACCUCAUGGCCUCUGCAGACCCGGGCACGGUAGACCGGAAAGUUCUAGAUGACCUUUACGAAGACAUUCAUUGGCUCAUAUUAGUGUCAGGUUACCUCUUGGCUGAUGACCCUCAGGGUGAAACACCAUUGAUACCUUCAGAAGUGAUGGAGUACUCCAUAAAACACUCGACUGAGGUGGAUAUCAACACUACACUGCAGCUGCUAGGCUCUCCUGGAGAGAAGGCCACCUCCAUCCCUGGAUGCAAUAGGACAGACUCAGUAAUCAGGUUGUUAUCGGCGGUGCUAAGAACCUCAGAGGUGGAGUCUCGGGCUACACGAGCGAGUCUGACUGAGCUCCUGAGUCCUCAGAUGGGCAAAGACAUUGUCUGGUUUCUUCGGCGCUGGGCCAAGACAUACCUGUUAGUGGACGAGAAACUCUACGGCCAAAUCAGUAUUCCUCUCAGCACAGCAUUUGGAGCGGACACGGAGGGAGCGCAGUGGAUUGUGGGAUAUCUGUUGGAGAAAGUGAUCAAUAAUCUGUCGGUGUGGAGCUCUGAGCCAGAGCUGGCUAAUGACACUGUGGAGCUGCUGGUGACUCUGGUGGAGAAGAGAGAGAGGGCGAAUAUUGUUGUGCAGUGUGAGAACUGGUGGAAUUUGGCCAAGCAGUUUGCCAGUCGCAGCCCUCCCUUACAUAUGCUGUCCAGCACAGUCCAGCGGACUCUAAUGAAAGCCCUGGUCCUGGGUGGCUUUGCUCAUAUGGAUUCUGAUACCAAACAGCAAUACUGGGCCGAGGUACUGCAUCCACUCCAGCAGCGCUUCCUCAACCUCAUUAACCAGGAGAACUUCGCCCAGAUCUGUCAAGAGGAAGCCGUGAAGCAGGAGAUUGUUGCCACCCUGGAAGCUCUGUGCGGCAUCGCAGAAGCGACGCAGAUCGACAAUGUGGCAUCUCUCUUCAGCUUCCUCAUGGACUUCCUGUCUAGCUGCAUUGGCCUCAUGGAGGUCUACAGAAACUCGCCAGAAACGGUCAACCUCAUCAUAGAGGUGUUUGUGGAAGUGGCCCACAAACAAAUCUGCUACUUGGGCGAAACCAAGUCUAUGAAACUGUACGAGGUGUGCUUGACGCUGCUGCAGGUUUACUCCAAGAACAAUCUGGGUCGCAAGAGACUAGAUGUAGCCGCAGAGGAGGACCAGUACCAGGACCUUCUGCUCAUCAUGGAGCUCCUCACCAACCUGCUCUCCAAAGAGUUCAUUGACUUCAGUGACACUGAUGAGGUGUUCCGCGGGCAGGAGCAGAGCUCUGGUGCCGGACGGGCCGUAUCAGCUGCUGAUGUUGUGUUGUAUGGGGUGAAUAUUGUGUUGCCCCUCAUGUCUCAGGACUUGCUUAAGUUCCCUUCUCUGUGUAACCAGUAUUAUAAGCUCAUCACCUUCAUCUGUGAGAUUUUCCCAGAGAAGAUCCCGCAGCUGCCUGAGGAGCUCUUCAAAAGUCUCAUGUGCUCCCUGGAGCUUGGCAUGACCUCGAUGAGCUCAGAGAUCAGUCAGCUCUGUCUGGAGGCUCUAUCCCCAUUGGCUGAGCAGUGUGCCAAGACACAGGAAAAGGACACACCCCUAUUUAUUGCCACACGACAUUUCCUUAAACUGGUGUUUGACAUGCUUGUGCUCCAGAAGCACAACACUGAGAUGACCGUAGCAGCUGGAGAAGCGCUCUAUACACUAGUGUGCCUUCACCAGGCGGAGUAUUCAGAGCUGGUGGAGACGCUGCUCUCCAAUCAGAGGGACGCUGUGAUCUACCAGCGGCUGGCAGACGCGUUUAACAGCCUCACUGCCAGCAGCACGCCUCCAACCAUGGACCGCAAGCAGAAGGUGGCCUUCCUGAAGAGCCUGGAGGAGUUUGUUGCCAAUGUGGGGGGGCUUCUGUGUGUCAAAUAAGCCACUUCCUCCAGCAACUGUCCGCAACAGCUUCCCCUCUCCACCCCCUCUACCACUCAGAGAAGCCUUUCACCAUGCCAAACCAUGGAGAUGCUGAGACGCCUCUGGGCCUUCAGACACACAUGCCUCCAGAGAGCAGAGAGGCUGGCGAAAGCCGAGAGGGGACGGCCGGUCAUGAUCGUCUCUGUCUGAUCUGACCAUUGUUUACUUUGCCACUGAGAGCUCCUCAGAUGAACGUUUAUGAAAUGCAGAGGGGUGAUCUUUCUGAAAACUGACCCCUUCCUUCCCCUUUUAGACAUAAACAUCCAAGUCUUUUGCAGACGCUUUUCCUCGAGUGCCUUUUGUAUAUGGUUUCUCACGGCUCGGAUCCAGCUGUGUCUACAGUGACGAAUAGAACCGUGUCCUACUUCUAUCACGGUAACUAGGAUUGUGAGCUGUGGUUGCCUUGAUAACGAAAAAGCCUUUCCCAAUGAAACUUUAAUCGCAGGAAGGCCCUUUUGGAAAACCAAAUCACUUUUGUGUUCAAGGUUGUAUAUAUAUUUUCAAAAAAGACAAAAAAUGAAAGUGUUUAAAAGAACUGAAAGGUUUUUAUAAGAUUAUAGUUGAUGGAAUUUUUUUUUAUUGUUAUACAACUUCACCAGAAGGACAAGGGGCUAGUUUGAAUUUUUCUUUGAUUGAUUUGAAUGAUUGUAGUUUUACUCUUUGUCAUUUCGCCCUGAUCGCAGUAGUAUCACUGAAAGCGUUCUCGACAAAAAUACAGGUCUGUUGAAUUACGAUAGACAUUUUCACACAAUCGCCUGAUGUUCCCAAUGAGGUUUUGUUUUUCAAAAAUAAUUUAGACAGUGUUCCACUUACACUAGCUCACACACACACACAAACAAACUCAGAAUUGUGGAACAGUCGACGUUGCUGUAGCAAUAAAAUACCAAAAAUGAUGCUCGAGGGAUGUCAGCCGUUUUAUUCAGGGCAUUUUGAUGGUCUUUAUUUCCAUUGUUCAAAGCACUAAUUGUUAUUUUGGAAUGCCUGAAAUGAUCUGUAAAGUGUAUAUAAACUUCCUAUAAAAAGUGAGUGGUC